UGCUGGCUCGCUGGGCGAAGCAACUUCAGACGAACUUCCUGAAAGCCCGACCGAUAACGAUGGCUUCAGACGAUGCUUUUAAAGUGUCCUCCCUGAAGGGGAAAGUGGCCCUAAUCACGGGGGCCAGCUCGGGCAUCGGCGCGGGCACGAGCGUCCUGUUCGCCCGCCUCGGCGCCCUGUUGGCUCUGAGCGGCCGCGACGUGGACAACCUGAAGAAGGUCGCGAAGCGGUGCACCGACGGGGGCGCCGCCGCCGAGCCUUUGCUGGUUCCUGGAGACCUGACCGACGAGGACACGGUGAGGAAGACUGUGGAGCAAACUGUGGCUCACUUCGGCCGCCUGGAUGUCCUCGUGAACAACGCUGGUAUUCUGGCCAUGGGCAGCAUCGAGACCACGGACCUGGCUCAGUACGACCUCAUCAUGAACACGAACGUCAGAACCGUGUACCACCUGACUCACCUGUGUGUGCCCCAUCUGAUCAAGACCAAAGGGUCCAUUGUCAACGUAUCCAGCAUCAAUUCACAGAGAGCGUUCCCCGGUGUGCUGGCCUACUGCAUGUCGAAGUCCGCCAUUGACCACUUCACACGUUGUACAGCACUUGAGCUGGCACCAAAGCAAGUCAGAGUGAACUGUGUCCGCCCCGGAGUGAUCGUCACAGAGGUCCACAAGAGAGCCGGACUGGAUGAGGACCAGUACGCCCAGUUUCUUGCCGACUGUAAGCAGACCCACGCCCUCGGUCGGCCAGGGCAGGUGGACGAAGUGGCCCAGUGCAUCGCCUUCCUGGCGUCCGACGCGGCCAGCUUCAUCACCGGGGUCAACCUGCCCGUCGACGGGGGCCGCGACGUCAUGUGCCCGAUGUGACAUCGUGCAUAUUAAGAUGUCAGCAGUCUGCUAAUAUAGGCCUGUGGUGGCUGGGGCGUAGUUAGGCUCAGCUGUGGAGGGGUGUGGGGGAGUGGCUCAGGGAACAGGUGCUGGGAAGAGGCAUAAUUGGCCUCAGCUGUAGGUAAUCAGGGUGAUUGUGUCAAUUUGACUUUUUUAGUUUUUAGCUCGCUGAUAGGGUGUGAAAUGAAUAUGAGGCUAAAACACAGUUUGAAUGCAUCAUUAUUUGUUCUCAUUUUGCUAUUAAGUUUUCUUUGACAAACAAAUAAAAUGAAAGCUGCUUAUAAACAAA